CGCAGAGCACCAGGGCUGGAGGGGAGGGAGGCCGGGCCGGCUCGGCGCGUAACUUCACCCAGCCUGCCCGGAGCAGGAGGAGGACGGCGGGGUUUUGCCGCUGCCCAGGGACGGGACCGGCCUCUCCACGCCGGGCCGGCGGGGGAAGCCCAGCCCGCAGAGAGAGGGCGGCAGAGCCGAGCCGGAGGCGGCAGCCUGCCCCGGCUGGGCGCGCUGGGCGCUCCGGCAGCCCCGGAACUCACCGCGGGAGCGCAGCGGGGCUGGAGCGCGGAGUCCCCGGGGCCAGAGGGACCUGGAAAAAUUGACAGCAUCAAUGAAUGGGUUGACUGUCACUCUCAGCUCCAGAUGACUUGCAAUUUAGUUCAGAAAGAUGUCAUCUGUUACUGAAAAUGGAGAUGCCCCUGCUGGAAAACAAAAUGAGGAGAAAACAUAUAAAAAGACAGCAUCAUCUGCUAUUAAAGGAGCUAUUCAGCUGGGAAUAGGAUACACAGUAGGUAACCUCACCUCUAAGCCAGACAGAGAUGUACUUAUGCAAGACUUCUACGUAGUGGAAAGUGUAUUUCUGCCCAGUGAAGGCAGCAAUUUGACCCCGGCUCAUCAUUACCCCGACUUCAGAUUUAAGACCUAUGCUCCUCUAGCUUUCCGUUACUUCAGAGAACUUUUUGGUAUCAAGCCUGAUGAUUACUUGUAUUCAAUCUGCAGUGAACCUUUAAUAGAAUUAUCCAAUCCUGGUGCCAGCGGGUCUUUAUUUUUUGUAACUAGUGAUGAUGAGUUCAUCAUCAAAACAGUUCAACACAAAGAGGCUGAGUUUCUUCAGAAGCUGUUACCAGGUUACUACAUGAAUUUGAACCAGAAUCCAAGGACUCUCUUACCAAAAUUUUAUGGACUAUACUGUGUUCAGUCAGGGGGCAUUAACAUCAGAAUCGUCGUGAUGAACAAUGUUUUGCCUCGGGCAAUGAAAAUGCAUUUCACAUAUGACUUGAAAGGCUCUACCUAUAAACGGAGAGCAUCAAGAAAAGAAAGGGAGAAAUCCAACCCCACAUUUAAAGACUUGGAUUUCUUGCAAGAGAUGCAUGAAGGACUGUAUUUUGACUCAGAAACAUACAGCGCACUGAUGAAAACACUACAGAGGGAUUGUCGAGUGCUGGAAAGCUUUAAAAUCAUGGAUUAUAGUCUGCUGCUGGGGGUCCAUGUAUUGGACAGUAUCACAAAAGAGAAGGAUGGGGAGAGUUCCCAGAAUGCAUCUGAUGCCAAACGUCCUGGGGGACAGAAAGUUCUCUAUUCUACAGCCAUGGAAUCCAUACAGGGUCCUGGAAAGUCUGGGGAAUCUGUCACCACAGAAGCUACAAAUACAAUGGGAGGCAUUCCAGCUAAAAGCCAUAAAGGAGAAAAGCUGCUUCUAUUUAUGGGUAUUAUUGAUAUCCUACAGUCUUACAGGUUAAUGAAGAAGCUAGAACAUUCCUGGAAAGCACUUGUAUAUGAUGGUGACACUGUUUCAGUCCACAGACCAAGUUUUUAUGCAGACAGGUUUUUAAAGUUCAUGAGUUCGAGGGUUUUCAAAAAAGUUCAAGCUCUAAAGUCCUCUCCUUCCAAGAGACGAUGCAGUUCCAUUGCAGCCCUAAAGGCAACAUCACAAGAAAUUGUGUCUGCUGUUAGCCAAGAAUGGAAGGAUGAAAAGCAUGACAUCCUUACUGAAGGACAAAGCUUUUCCAGCCUUGAUGAAGAAGUAUUAGGUUCACGGCACCGUCCGGAUUUAGUGCCAAGCACUCCAUCUCUAUUUGAAGCAGCUUCCUUAGCAACCACUAUUUCUUCUUCUUCUUUGUAUGUAGAUGAACAGUAUCAACGUGAUGGAACUCUGCUUUAUUCCAGCAGUAAAGGGUUACCUUCGAGUUCAACAUUCACCCUAGAAGACAGUGCCAUCUACUUGACUUCAGAACAGAGCACACUGGAAAUGGAAAAUGAUAAUGCUUCAGUUUUGGAUGUCUAUUUAUAAUAGAGAAUAGAAGAAAAUCAAAGUAAAAGUGGAUAAGACGUGACCAUGGUUGAUGAAGAGCACUUUCUGCACUCCUGAUUUAAAGGGAGGAAUUUGCUGAGCCUAACAGACAAAGAGUAAUAAUCAAUGGAACUUAUCUCUGAGAAAUGUCAUGGGAACCUUGAACCAUGGAAAUGAUAGCUAGACUCGACAGAUGUGACAUGAAACAUUCCACACUUUGCUAUCAUGUGCUGUUGCUUGCUAAACUGUGAAGAACUGCAUAAACUGUAUUUAAGAUGCUUUCUAUACUAGUGCUAAUCACCUUUUUUGGACCUGAAAGUGAUAUUUUCCUAUUGACUCUCAUGAUUUCAUUUGCAUGUAUUCAGUGAUUGUGUACAAGCAAAAUAUGUAAUCCGCUUUACCUAUUUAAAGAUCCAUCAUCAACACAGUGGUAAAUAAAAUUAAUUCCACUUUUUUCUCCCCCAGAAUCAUAAUUACUUAGGUCCAUGUUGUUGGAAGUUCAAAAUUAUUUCAAACAAGGAUUAAUGUAAAUGUCUGCACUUACUUUAUGGACAAUAGCCUCUAAAGAUAUUUUCACUGUUUGUUGGUGAAAUGAGGGGGAAAAAACUAUUUAUAACAAGGCCUUAUGUUGUGUACAUAAAUUGUCUUUGAAAUGUGUGAUUUAGUUUAUUGCUUGUAAAAGAGAAAUUAUAUAAUUUAUUUAGUAAAUACUACUGUAAACUAUAGUUUUAUUGACAGAAAUAAAAUAUUUUGUUCUCAAAACCUA